AUGGCGUAUUACGAGGAUCGUCGGUACUACCCGCGCGACCGUCGCCCGGCUGCAGGUUAUGCUGCAGACUAUUAUAACGACCCGCGGGGUAACUCGCGCCACGAGAGAGAGGUUUAUCCUCGCGCGGGCAAUGACUCCGUCGAGGAAAUCCAGCGCGAUUAUCCCCCGGGUUCGGACUAUGUCUACGAGCGCGGCUAUGACUCCAGACGAUCGCGACACCCUGUUUAUGAAAACGUGCGACGGUCAUCGUCGGUUGGUGCCUACGAUCCCUAUAACUCGCGUCCGAGACGGUCAAAGAAUUACGACGAUCGCCGUCCGCGUCGCUCCAGAUACGACUCUGCUUCUUCUUCUUCUUCCGGCCCUUCCCCACCGCGUCACAGACGCCGCAAGUCUUUCGGCGAGACUGCCCUUGGUGCCCUCGGCCUCGGCACUGCGGCUUCAUCGUCCAAACGUUCAGACCGCGACCGUGAUCGCCGUGGCCGUCAAAGAUCCUACUCGCGCCACGGUGACAGAUCAUCUUAUUCGUCAUCCAGAUCUCGCAGCCGUGAUCGAGGUGGUCGCUCCGGUCGGAGCCGCCAGCGCAGUGAGCAACGAAUCGCCCAGGCAGCCCGUGCCGCGUUGACGGCUGGUGCUGUCGAAGCCUUCCGAUCCCGCAAAGACCCCGGCGAAUGGACCGGUGACAAAGGCAAGCGCAUCCUCACUGCUGCUGUGACUGCGGCCGGCACCGACGGUCUUGUCGACAAGAACCCCAACAAGCACGGAACUCGUCACAUCAUCGAAUCUACCCUUGCAGGCCUGGCCACCAACCACUUCGUCAACGGGGACCGAUCCCAGUCUCGCAGCCGUAACAAAAAUGGCCGCAGUCGUUCCUCCGGUGGUGGUCUCAAGGAUCUCGCCGCUACUGGUGUUCUGGCAGCUGCGGGCAAAGAGAUAUAUGACCGAGUGUCUCGCUCACGAUCCCGGCAUCGCGGCCGCGGAUCUGAAGACAGUGAUGAUGACCGUCGCGGGUCUAAGAAGCGCAGCAAGAGCGUUUCAGACUACAUCAACAAGGGCAUGGCUGCCCUGGGCAUCGGAGAAGAAUCCAAAGAGCGGAGCCGAGACCGCGACGAUCGCGAUUAUGAUCGUCGUGGGGAGCGACGUCGUCGUCAUGACCCCCAGUCUGACGAGUAUUCUGAUUCGGACGCAGAUAGCGACUAUCGCAGCAGAGUCAGCAGGGACACGAGAAGGGGCAGAGGCUCGAGAGAUGUAGGUUUAUAUCGUUCCAUGAACGAACGAAAUUCAAUCCCCCAAGAUCAAAACAGUGCACCGCGCGGCGCGAAUGGCACACGCGCUCAAUCGGCUGACGACGGUUGCGACUGCUCCGACACCAAUUCUGACUUAGGUGAUAGUAAUGAUGAGAAGAAGCAAUCGAAGAAACUGAAGCGCGACAUGUUGCUAACCACGGGUCUUGCUACUGUGGCGACUAUCCACGCGGCGCAUGGAGUGUACGGCGGCGUGCAGAAGCGGAAGCAGCGCAUGAAGGAAUUGGAGGAGGGAAAGAUUACAACUGAAGAGGCUCGCAAACGUCGCAUGAAAGCGAAUACCAUUGAUGCCUUCAGUGUCGGUCUUGCUGCCCUCGGUAUUAAGGGUGCUUAUGGAGAAUGGAAGGAGGCCAAUGAGAAGCGCAAGGAAAACAGUCACUUCAAGCACAAGUGCGUCGAACGGGCUGUCAAGCGUCAGCAACGUCAGCAGCGUGAGCAGAAACGAUCUCACAGCCAGGGUUCGGCGCCCGGCCGAAAUCGCUGGCCGGAUGAGAUUGAGUACCCUGAGUCCCCGGCUCACGGUUUUUCCUAUCACGAUGGAAAUCCGUAUGGGGCCAGCACGGAUCCAGCGCAGAUCGCCUACUAG